AUGAGAAAAAAUAGAGCUGAGUACUUGAUAGUUGACACCUUUUCUUUCAAUAUUGAAGCUAGCAAAUGUAUCAAAGACCUUGGGUAUAUCCAAGUGAUGGGGCUUAACAAAUUGUUGCAAGAGUACAAUCUUCUCCGAGAUCUCCAUGGCGGUAACGACAUCCUCAGUGGAGGCCCUAGUGCACAAAAAGACUCAUCAGGGCGUGUGAAUGAAGGUGAAAACAAUGAUCCAGGGCAGGGCUUCACCUACGAGCGCGUGGUCGAUCUCCUGGUUGGUGGCAUUGGCCCAGACCUAAUGGCGCUCUCCAUCUCCGCGAGGAAGGCCUGGACCCUGCCGGGUGGUGCGAUGGCCCAGGUGCCGGCCAUGUCGGGCCGGACACGCUCCCCAGCGCGGCGGCGACGUGGCCCCGGGCCCGCGGGCGCUGGCGCGGAAGGCCACGGGCGCGCACGACUCCGCCGCAGCCUGUCCACGGCUCCACUGGCCAGCCAGGGAUCACCGAGAAUGCCCGAAAGAAAUUUUUACUGUGAAGCAAAAUAUGCACUCUCAUCUCUUGCUCCGCAAUUGUGA